UGCUUUUUCCGAUGGCAGGGAGCUGGACGGGAGCUUGGCUGGGAGCGAGGUGAAGGCGCCCUGGCAGUGGGAAGCCUGGACCUUGUCACCUCCACGCCAUGGGCGUCAGGUGCCGGUCGCCGAGCCGUGGAAUGGCUCUGCUGCGGCCCUGCCUGCGCGUCUCCCUGGGAGGGAGGAAGCACUGAAACAGCAUAAAGAGUUAUCUCAAGAACUAGUUAACCUUCGAGGAGAACUAGUAACCACUUCUGCAGCUUGUGAGAAAUUGGAGAGAGACAGGAAUGAACUCCAAGUUGCUUAUGAAGGAUUUUUGCAGAAGUUAAACCAGCAACAUCACAAUGAUUUAGCUGAGCUGGAGGAGAGGCUUAAACAGUUUUACACUGCAGAAUGUGAGAAACUCCAAAGUAUCUGCAUUGAAGAAGCUGAAAAGUACAAAGCGCAACUCCAGGAGCAGGUGGACAACUUAAAUAUCACACAUGAAAACUUGAAGCUGGAACUUGAGAACAGCCACUCAGAGAAAGUAGAGGAGCUGAAAAAGGAGUAUGAAUCCUCUUUUUCAGAGCUCAAGAACGCCCAUGAAUCUGAACGGAAGUCGCUUGAAGAUUCCUUUAAAGAGAAGCAGGAAUUGCUAGAGAAAAAAAUCGAUGAAUUAAAAUGUGAAAAUGACUCUCUGAGUGAGAAGUUGAAAUUAGAAGAGCAAAAACAAAUAGCCAAAGAAAAAGCCAAUCUUAAAAACCCACAGAUUAUGUAUCUGGAACAGGAGCUGGAAAGUUUGAAAGCAGUGCUGGAGAUCAAGAAUGAGAAACUCCAUCAGCAGGAUAUCAAGCUAAUGAAGAUGGAAAAACUGCUGGAGAACAAUACGAUUUUAAUGGAUAAAUUAAAGAAGGUUCAGCAAGAAAAUGAAGAAUUAAAAGCUCGGAUGGACAAACACAUGGAGCUUUCAAGGCAACUUUCUACGGAGCAAGCCGUUUUACAGGAGUCUCUAGAGAAAGAAUCAAAGGUAAACAAACGCCUGUCAAUGGAAAAUGAAGAACUUCUGUGGAAGUUGCACAAUGGUGACCUAUGCAGCCCAAGAAAACUGUCUCCCAGUUCUCCAUCUGUGCCUCUUCAGUCCCCACGAAAUUCUGGUAACUUCUCUAGUCCCACAGGAUCACCGAGAUGACAUCUCUCAAGAGAAAGAGGGGAUUGCACUUCAUUUGUGAUCUGCAGAACCGAUCCUAACUUUAACUACAGGAGCAAGAGCUAUAUUAGCCGUCUACAAUGAGUAAAUGUAACUGGAAGCUAUUGGGUGCAAAAACGGUGGUAAGAGACUGAGAAUAUGGGAGUAAGACAUUCAUGUUGCUCCUCCCCAAAAGACUUGUUUAUGACCUCUAUGGACAUUGUUGCACAAAGCACUUACAGAGCGAGCAAGGAAAGACUUGUUCAUUGCCUUUUCACCUAACUAGAAGAAAAAGCUCAGGGGCUUAGAGAUCACAACCUUUCAAAGAUGUUCCAUAUCACAGACACUUUUUUUUAAGGCUGUGUGUAUGCGUGUGUGCGUGCGAGUGCUGUGGAUGGAAUGGAUGUAACACACUGUGCGUGUGUCUAAUGCUGCCUUCUUUGCUGUGUAUGUAAUAAAGGAUAAAAGCUGAAGACU